CCUCCGCCCCGGAUUCGGCAUCGGCCCCUUCAACCUCGGCAUGCCUAUUUGUGAAGCGUUUGCUCAAGUAGAACAUCAACCAAACAUAUAUGACGUGGUUCAUGUGAAGUAUCUUGAUGAGGAGCCUUUAAAAUUGGACAUUGUUAUCAGCUUCCCUGAUCAUGGGUUUCAUCUUCGUUUUGACCCUUGGUCACAGAGACUGCGUCUUAUUGAGAUAUAUGAUGUUAAACGGCUGCAAAUGCGCUAUGCGAAGAAUCUAAUUGGUGGUUCCUCGACGUUAGCCACUUUUGCAGCAGUAUAUGACCUGUUUGGUCCUACAUUUCCUGGAAUCUAUGACAAACAAAGAGGGAUUUAUACUUUAUUUUAUCCGGGCUUGUCCUUCGCUUUUCCAAUUCCCACCCAAUAUGCAAACAUCUUCAGCAAUGGAGAAGUACUAGCAGAGUUACCUCUGGAAUUUCCAGAUGGAACAACCCCAGUUGCAUGCCGUGUUUCUGUGUAUGACAGCUCAUCGGACAGUAAGGUUGGUGUCGGAUCCUUGAUGAAUAAAGCUUCAGUUCCUCCAUUACUUGCUGGCAGCUUAUACAUGGAAGAGGUGCAUGCAAAGCUUGGAGAAGAGCUAUGGUUUACUGUUGGGGGUCAACACAUUCCUUUUGGUUCAUCUCCACAGGAUGUGUGGACUGAAUUGGGUCGGCCUUGUGGAGUCCACCAAAAGCAGGUUGAUCAAAUGGUUAUACACUCUGCUUCAGAUCCCCGCCCUCGGACCACUCUUUGUGGGGAUUACUUCUACAAUUACUUCUCUCGUGGUCUUGACAUACUGUUUGAUGGACAGACUCAUAAGAUCAAGAAGUUUGUUUUGCACACCAAUUUUCCAGGACACUCAGAUUUCAAUUCCUAUAUGAAAUGCAACUUUGUUAUUUAUGAUACUGAAAUUGAAGGAACACGGCAGCCUGGUAGUACUUCAAAGAAUUGCAUAACACCUACCACAAAGUGGGAACAAGUAAAGGAGAUUCUUGGAGAUGGCGGUCGUGCUGCAAUCCAGACACAGGGUUCUAUGAACAAUCCUUUUGGAUCAACUUUUGUUUAUGGCUACCAAAAUGUGGCUUUUGAGGUGAUGAAGAAUGGCUACAUAGCAACUGUUACUCUCUUCCAAUCAUAAGGGUGCUCGCAGGCAGUUUGCCGCGAACUCUUUAUCAUGCACCAAUGUGCCUUUAAUGUUGUAUAGCUCUGUACAGGAAUUAAUCUCUUAUUCAUAAAUAUGUAUCUUUUCUGUAAAUAAAUCGGACUUAACAGGAAAGUUUAUCUCUCAUGUGUUCAUCAUUUCAAUUACUCUGUUUCUUGUGAACUGUACAAUGUAAGAUCGAACCGUUGUAAGCAUGGAAAAGUAACCUCCCCAUUCCAUUAAGCAAAAUUUGGUAUUAUUAAGGCCUUUUUAAUUUUCA